AAUAUAACAAUAAACAAAAUAGAUGAUAAUAAGCUGAGAUUGGAGCUUGACAAUAUUGACUGGACACCAGUAUUUGAUAUAAAUAACCCUAACGAUAUUCUAGAUUUUAUAGUGCAUAAAUUUAACAGUAUAUACGAUCAAUGUUGUAUAAAGAAAACAAUAAAAACUAAUCAAAAAUAUAACUGUAACUGGAUAUCAGAUAAACUUAAGCUAAUGUGUAAUAAAAAAUCAAAAUUGUUACAAAUACAUUUAAGUGAUGUAACUAACAAACAAAAUGAGAUUAUAUACAAAAGAUAUAGAAAUAGAACAAACAGAUUUAUUAAUAAAGCAAAAAAUAAUUUUACAAAAAAGGAAAUUUAUGAUAACUUUAAGAACCCAAAAAAGAUGUGGGAAAUUGUUAAUAGACUCACAGGUAGGAUUAUAAAAGCUGUAGAUGACAUCCUAUUAAAGUCCUUUAGAAUUAAAGCAAAAAACCUAGCAGAUAAAUUCUCUCAAGAUUUUGAGAAAAAUGUCUCCGACAUUGUAAUCUCGUGUAAUGAGCCAUUGCUUGAUGAAAAUUCAUAUAUAAAUACGGCAAAAGUAUCACUAAGAAUUAAUAAAAUUAAUGACAUCAUAGUAGAAAAACUUAUUAAAAAAAUUAACGACAAAAAAAGUCUAGGAUACGAUAAGAUAAGAGCCAAAGAUAUAAAAUACAUCUCCUUCAAAAUUACACCAGUUAUAAAACAUUUAAUUAAUCAAUGUAUAAGUACUUCGACUUACCCCGACCAACUAAAAAUCGGUUUAGUUAGACCAAUUCACAAAAAAGGUUGUUUUACAAAUACAAAUCACUAUAGGCCUAUUACUAUACUAUCUUGCGUAGAUAAAAUUAUAGAAAAAUAUUUUGGACAAAAAAUUAAUGAGUUCUUAUCGAACAAUGGCAUCAUUCAUGAGAAACAAUUCGGAUUCCAAAGAAAGAAGAGUACCACUCAACUUCUAUCUUUGUUUACUGAGGAGGUUAAUAAUCACUUGAAUAAUAAAAGACAUGUACUUGCAAUCAUGAUUGAUUUCAGCAAAGCUUUUGAUACACUUAACCACGAAACGCUUUAUAAAAAAAUGCAGCAGAAUGGCAUACAGGGACCAACGCUGGAUUGGUUUAAAAACUAUCAUACAAACAGAUACAAUACAGUUAGUAUUGCCGGUGAGCAUAGUGACCUAAAACAAUCCUUACGGGGCACGGCCCAAGGGUCGGUUAUUGGUCCAACUGAAUAUUUGAUUUAUGUAAACGAUAUGUGUAAACUAUUCCAGCGUGCUUCUGUUUACCAAUUUGCUGACGACACAUGUCUAAUAGUAGGAUGUCAUGACCUAGAGGUUGCGCAAUGUACAAUGCAAAAAGAAUUUGAUCUGUUAUGUAAAUGGGCGCACGACGUUGGUUUAUCCAUCAAUUAUGAAAAAACUAAGUUAAUGCACAUUCACUCAUCAUACCUAAAAUCUAGCAUUACACCAACAAUCGUAGCCCACGAACAUAACUGUAUGCAUCUUCAACAAACACCAUGUGAUUGUAAGCCUCUUGAAAUUGUAAAACAACAUACCUACCUUGGCCUAGUAAUAGACGAUAAAUUUAAUUGGGGUCCGCAUGUGGACCAUGUGUGUAAUAGGUUAAGAGCUAUAUUGGCUAAGAUUAAAAUUCUAAAACAAAAGAUACCAUACAACACCUUGAGAUUACUAUACUUGUCCAUGGCAGACUCAAUAAUAAACUACGGCAUAACGAGUUAUGGCUAUACCUAUAAAACAUACCUAAAACGUAUUUAUAACAUCCAAACCAGACUGUUAAAAACAAUAGUACCAUUAAAAAUUAAAUAUGAACAUAGAAAUAAUUAUGAAAACUUGUUCCAAUAUUGUAAAGUAAUGAGUGUAUAUGAUAAAGUAAAACUUGCAAUUGUAUGUGAUAAUCAGAAUAAGAUACAGUCACUUAACUUAAAGAAGAGAUAUGGUAGCCUACGAACUCUGCCAAAAACACCCACAUUUAAUAUACCUAAUUGUAAUAACGAAUACGGAAGAAGAAUUUGGACGUACAGCCUACCCCAUAUAUUAAACUCACUACCAAAAACUUUAAUAAAUAAUGUAAGAGAUGCAAAUCCAAAGCAAGUUCGAAGUUUACUUAAACGUUACUAUAUAUAUGACAGAUAUAAGAAAGAAGGGGAUGUACGUGCAGAUAAUUCACAUCCAGAAUGAUAAUUGUACUAUGUUUGUAUUGAUAAGGCACUUAAUUAUAACCACAUAGUUAUGUAAAUGAGGGCAACCUUCCCAGGGAUAAAAAUCUCAAAUAUGUAAAGAUUAAACCCGGGAAUUACUAAUUUAUCCAAUUAACCUUUUUUUAUGAAAUAAACAGUUCAAAUUUUAAAUUUUUUUU